UCAUUUUAAUAUUGACGCAACAUGUAAAUAUUUUCUCAAUAGACACCUAACACACACUUUAACACUGUUAAUAGCACAAUAAAAAAUGAGAGUUUACUCAUAGAUUAUAAUGGUAUGUUUAGAAAACAAUUUUUAAUAACAUUCAUUGGAAAAUGUGAAAAAACUGUUCAGAAUAGUGUUAAAAUUCUAAUUGUUAAUUAGAUUCAAGGUUAUUUCGUAACACAUCAAAUGCUCAUACUUGCUAUAUUGCCAGAUUGUUUUGCAUUGGUUAUAUCAAUUUAAUUAAAAAAUUAAAUUUAGAAUAUGGAAAUGAAUAAACAAAAUUUGCUGCCGACUUUGUUAUUAUGAGCAGUAAAUAAAUAUGAGUAAUAAAAAUUCUGUAAUGUGCACACAUACUUUUUAAAGUGAAUAAACAAUUCUAAAUAACAGUCGGAGAGUUACUCCACCUCACCACAUCAUGAUAACGUUAUUAUCUUAAACAUGAACUCGUUAAAACUAAAUUAGUACUCUUCACUUGUGUAAUGUGGUCAACUAUAUGAAAUACUUUCCUACUAAUUUAUUACAAUUGCCGACCAUCAACAUUUUUCGAUAAAUAUAUUUAACUAUUAUGGUUGAGCACUAAUCUAAAGUUAGUCAUUUGAAUGUUUUUCUCAAUUACGUUAAUCGCAUGCGAGAUCAUCAUGUGAACAACACCUCAAUAAAAUCAUGGCACUGGUGCCGAAGAAGGUGUGUCUAGCUUUCUUCAUACUCUUCAUUAUAUAUUUCCUCAGCACCUUGGCCUCCAUCAAGAGUAACUUCUACGAAUAUCUCUAUCCCAUCCAGUGUUACCGCGAAAAUGUACCUUCACUGCAAGACAUCACGGAAAUCAGUCCGCCUAAAGACAAUUCAAUUUUCUUCCAUGAGACUUCGUGCAACUCCUACUACAACGGCAAGAUCACCAUCACCUCAAGACAGGCAUGUGCUGUUGAAAGCGCGGCAAAAAUGAACCCGCAAAAAAUGGUGUAUUUGUUGUAUGCGUCACCUGGUGUUUUGAAAAAUGAAAUGACCGAGUCGGAUCGAAUGCUAGAGGCACUUUUAGGUUACCCGAACGUUCGAAUCCAACACUUGAACUACGAGAAGUACACUAAGGGAACGCCGCUGGAGCAUCUGUAUCAGGAUGGUGCAAUCGAAGCUUCCGUUUAUGCCCAAUCACACGCUAGUGAUGUUUUAAGGUAUUUAACAUUGUGGAAAUACGGUGGCAUUUACUUAGACCUGGACGUGAUUGUGACAAAGAGCUUCAACAGUCUUCCACAAAAUUUUGCUGGAUCAGAAUCGGAAGCUAAUGUGGCUGCUGGAGUGCUUGGCUUUAGUCACAACGGAAUUGGUCACGCACUCGCCAAAAUGUGCGUCACCGAACUGAAAAACAACUUUAAUGGCAGGGAAUGGGGCUACAACGGUCCCGGCGUGAUAACAAGAGUGGCUAGAAAUAUUUGUGGUGUGACGAAGGCCAAGGACAUGGUGAAGAAAGACUGUCAGGGUUUCCACGUAUUUCCCACUGAGACGUUUUACGCGAUACCAUGGUGGAAUUGGACGACGUACUUCAAUGAAAACGACCUGGAAGAAGUUAAUAGUUUAUCCAAGAAAAGUUAUUUCAUCCAUGUGUGGAACAAGCACAGUGCGUCGACGAAGUUACCAUUGGACUCUCAGGCUCCGUAUGCCGUAUACGCGAGGAAAUACUGCCCAAAUGUGUACAAAGAAUGUGAUAAUCAUUUUUAAGGUAUAUGUUUAAAAGGGAUAUUUAUUUUUUUAAUACUCAAAUUGGAAAGAACUAUAUUCAAAUUAUACCUUUUGUUACCCACAUUUAAUGAUAAGUUGUUGAAUUAAUAAACCAUUUUGAUUCCUUAUACAGUAUUAAAAAUAAUUUAUAUGAUAUUUACUCAUGUAUUCUAAUUUAUAUUUGUAACUGUGAAUAUUUUUUAUGGGGUUAAGAAUUAAAAUCUUUGAUAAUUUCAACAAAUCUAGCUGUAUUUGUUUCUGGGCUGUUUUAAAGUUAAAUAUUUAAAAAGCAACAAACUGAUAACAAUUUGAAUAAGAAAUAAAAUGCUUCAUAAAUUCAACAUCACUAUCUUUAUAUCUAGUCUGAUGAGAUUAAUAAUAUGUUUACUUAUUGUAAGUUUAGUUAUAUUUGUUUCUGGACUAUUAACUAUUCAAAUAUUUCAUAAAGCAAAAAACUGAUAAUAAUAUUAAUAAUUUAUGCUGUUUCAAUACAGUUUUAAUUG